UGUUGUCUGAACGGUGAACUCUUGACCUUGAUAACUGCUAUAUUUCUAGAUACCGCUAGUCGGCGCUGUGGCACCGUCAUGUGCAUUCGUCUCCGAGCCAGCUGUUGUGGCUGCUGCAGUCUCCGGACCGGAUCGAUAGUUAUAGGAGUCCUGCAUUUGGUUCUCUCAUUUGUGACCGGUGGUUUCUAUGUGUACCGAUGGAUUCGAGCCAUGGGGAGUGAUGUCGUUCCCACUGAAGAGGUGUUCGUCGGCGUGGCUGUGUUCGGUGUGUCCGUACUGGUGGCAGUCCUGCUCAUCAUUGGUGCAACCCACAACAAUCCCACGCUCUGCCUGAUCUGGGUUAUCUGGGCAGGUCUCCAUCUCGCCCUGGCGAUCGCCUUGGCUAUCUAUGCAGGAGUGGUCACGUUUGCCCUGAGUGUAGGACCAAAUGACGCAGGUGGAUUUGUGGAUCUCAUACGGUUCCUUACCAUAGCCCUGAUGGCUAUUGCCGGCGUCAUCAUUGUUGUCCUGUCGUACGGCAUCAUAGUUGUGUGCUCCCACUACCGAGAUCUCAAGGACUCGCCGGAAGUGCGCUCAACUCCAUACGAGAUGCAGCUGGUUUGAGAAAAGCCGCAGGGAGACAACAAUUUGUUCCCAUCUACAAAAGAAAAAAAGUUUUAUAUUAGCCAUAAAGUGUUAGCGCAAAAGGUUGUAAAAUAACUAGAAUCUAGAAACGUGGCUAAUUGGUAUAGCACAAGUGAUUUUAUUAUGCAAUAGUAAGGUUUGAGCGAAAGACGGAAAUUUAAGUUACGAGUACAAUUUAAGUUACGUGCCUUCUUUGUGGCUGCUUUUACUAAUAUUUUCCGUCCCCGCCAUGUAUACUGUACUCUUUUACUCUCUAACUCCCUCAAUAUUACGGCAUAUCACAAAGCUAGGGGGUAUGACAGGACGGCUGCCAACCCAUGGUCAGCCCUAAAAGCUUGUAGUGGUUUCCACUGUCGGUGGCUUUAAUAUAUGUAGCCAGGCAGCUGAGUCCACGCUCUAAAUAAACGCAGAAAACAAACAAACAAAUCGAAAGCAGUCUUUGUUUGCCAGGGUUUACCGGAUUUACAUGGCUUUCUCUGGUACGGCUGUUGACAGGUUUAAGGUAUUGAUUUAAGCGUUUGCGUUUACAAAUUGCGACUUAAGACAAAUGUGUCAUUUAGAUUACUGCUGUUCCUACAAUGCCCAUAUGUAGAUCAAUUUUCAUCAAAUACCGUUACAGAAAAGAUGUGUUGUGUUUGCUGUGUUUCUAACUUAAGAUAAUCCUUGAUUAAACGCAAUUCGAGCUGUU